AUGACUGAGGAAGCUGCAGCCGCGCGCAAGGAGCAGCUUGUCCACGAUCUUGCCCGUGCAAAGGACGCCGGCUGGAACAACCCCAUUCCGUUCAACUACGAGACAGUCCAGGGUGGUGAAGCCGAGAAGGAUGACACUCGCGCCACUGCUGAGUGGCUGUCCGAUGCCGCCAUCUACCAGUGGGAUGAUGAUUUCGGCGACGUCGGUGAGCCCAACCCUGAAUUGGAGAAGGUCUUGUUCGAGGAUGACCACCUCCAGCGUGCUGGUGGUGCCAUCAAGGCCCUUUCGUAUGAAGUGAACGUAGAGGGCCCCGAGAAGAUUCAACCUGUCCGCGAGUUUGAGGAUGCUGGACUCCACCCAGUCAUGCUCGAGAACGUCAAGCUCUGCCAAUACAACGCGCCUACUCCCAUCCAGUCAUACUGCAUUCCUGCAGUCUUGACUGGUCAUGAUGUUGUCGCCAUCGCCCAGACCGGAUCUGGUAAGACUGCCGCUUUCCUUGUUCCCAUCUUAUCCAAGCUCAUGGGCAAGGCUCGUCAGCUCGCAGCUCCUCGCCCAAACCCGACGCGUUACAAUGCGCUUACAGACCGUGUCACCGCCGAGCCUCUUGUGCUUGUCGUGUGCCCUACUCGGGAGCUGGCCUGCCAGAUCUUCGACGAGGCUCGCCGUCUGUGCUACCGCACGAUGUUGCGCCCAUGUGUUAUCUAUGGUGGCGCUCCCUCUCGCAACCAGCGCGAGCAGCUUGAAAUGGGGUGCGACAUCCUCAUCGCCACUCCCGGUCGCCUGAUGGACUUCAUGCAGAACCUCAAGCUGCUAUCCUUCCGUCGCCUGAAGUUCACGGUCAUUGAUGAGGCCGAUGAGCUCCUUUCUUCUGGCUGGGAGGAGACCAUGGAGACGCUUUUCUCCGGCUCUGACGUCAACAAUGACGCUGAUCACACUUAUCUCAUGUUCUCGGCUACCUUCCCCAAGUCAGCUCGUCGUCUUGCCAAAGAGUACAUGGAGGCGGAUUAUCUGCGCAUCAAGGUUGGACGUGUCGGCAGCACGCACACGAACAUCACGCAGAACAUCGUUUACGUUGAUGAACGCGAGAAGAAUCAGGCGCUGUUCGACUUGAUCUUCUCUGGUGAGCCAGCUCGUACGCUCAUCUUCGUGAAUACCAAGCCCAAGUGCGACAUGGUUGACGACUUCCUCUACAACAAGGGUCUGCCUUGCACGUCUAUUCAUUCCGAUCGUACACAGCGUGAGCGUGAGGAUGCUAUGCGUUCGUUCCGCACUGCUCGUUGCCCCAUCCUCGUCGCUACUGGAGUCACCGCUCGUGGUCUCGACGUCGCAAACGUCAAGCAUGUCAUCAACUAUGACCUACCUUCCACCCAGUAUGAUGGCAUCACCGAAUAUGUUCAUCGCAUCGGUCGUACCGCUCGUAUCGGAAACGAGGGCAAGGCCACAUCCUUCUACAACGACCGCAACGAGGACAUCGGCGAAGAUCUUGUGAAGAUUCUUCUUGAAUCCAAGCAGGAGGUACCUGACUUCCUUGAGCAGUUCAAGCCCGAGAACCCUGACAUGAUCGACUGGCACGACGGCUCUGAUGACGAGUCCGACGAUGGGUUCGGCGGUGGUUUCGAUGCUGGUGCUGGCUUUGGCGGUGGAGAUGCUGGUGGCUUCGGAGGUGACGCUGGUGGCUUCAAUGCUGAUGCUGGCGGUUUCGGAGGCGAUGCUGAUGCUGGCGGCUUUGGCGGAGGUGAUGGCGGCUUCUCUGGCGGAGCUGAAGACAAGGUCGCCUCCUGGUAGGUUACCUGCGUGUGUGCCUGACCUCAGAACCUCAAAAACGCUUCUGUAGCCGGACCGCGCGACGUGUAGCGACCGAGCCUUGUAGAGACGUCUCACUUCGAGUCGUAGCAGGUUCAACCGCGACAUGAUGAUUCACGGUUCACAGCCUUCGACUGGAUAGCAUUGCGUUCACGGUGGUUUGACAGUCUACCUCUUGACUGGCAUUACCACCAACUUAGCAGCUUCCAGGACCACGGUUAAAUAGCCCCACGGUAAAAAAAAUGGCAAAGAUGGAGCUCCAUUGCUCUGCUUGCAUUGUUCUGCUUUCCUUGAGAUUUCUGUUGUGAAGCUGUGAUCAAUCUAUGCUAGCAUCUGGUAUCUCUCCCAAUUAAGUAAGACAUGACUCGAUGGUUUGACCGGUAUUUGGCUGGGGUUUGACUUGUUCUCGUUCCUUUCGAUUUUGAUUUCG